AGUUUGAUUAAGUGCUCAUAAGGUCUGAGAGGGCCACUUUAUGUAUCUCGCAAAGCACACGGCAAUCCAGGCAGCAUGACGGGGACCCAGUUUCUUUGAACAGCACCUGAAGGGGGAAGAAAAACAUGGAUGUGGAGGUGCUUUUGCUGAAAUAAUUUGAGGGUUAACACACUUCCUUAGUCACAGAGAAAAUCACAGCGAUAAGGCCAGCAGGUCAAGCAGAAGGCCAUGGGAUGUGGAACCUCAGCGUCAAAAGAAUUACAGUUGAAAAAAUGCGAAAGAGGUAAUCUUAGAGACUAAGUCUUCAUGCCUUUCUGGUUUCUACAGUCUCGAUGAGCUCAGUCUUUAAGUGAUCCAUUCAAGUUAAUAAAUUCACCUAAAAUACAUCAGUAAGAAAUGUAAGGUCAUUUUGGAGAUAAUAAUUUUUAAAAUAAAAAUUAUUAUGAAUGCACAUAUAUGACUUUUCAAUUCAUGGGGAAAAAGUAUGAAAAGAUGAUUUGUGUCUUGUUAUAAAAACUAAAGAACUGUGCAUCCAAUUAACUAAAAAAAACUCUUUAUUUUUUUUUGUCUGUACCUGGAUAUGUAGCUGCUACAGGUGAGUUAAAAAGUUUCCUCUCUCGUGUGUGUUGGUCUUCAAAUGGAACAAGAGAUCAUUGGGCAAAUAUCAACCAUUAGUAAAGUAUGAAAAGCACACUUUCCAAAAAUACCACUGAGAGCUAGCAAUGUGCCUUGCUCAUUCAUACCCAGAUUAAAUCAUUGAAAGAGUAAAUGACUUUUUUCUAUCAAGGACCAGUGUUGUCUGAAGGACAUGGGGACUAUCAGGCAGUGAAAGAGGGCAGACUGAUUCGUUAUACCUGUUUCCUUAGCGAUGAGAGCAGCUCUGCUGAUCCAGCGGUGGUACCGCCAGCACGUCGCACGCAUGGAGCUGAGACGAAGGUGCACCUGGAACAUCUUUCAGUCCAUCGAAUACGCAGGGGAGCAGGACCAGAUCAAGCUGAAUAAUUUCUUUGGUUACCUGAUGGAUCACUUUACACCAGUAAACAAUGAGAGAAACUUGAUCUCCCACAUCUUCAGGGAAAAUGAGGUCUGUCGUGACACUGAAUGGGAGAGGUGCUUCAGCUACAUCAACAUUGAGCUGCCAGAAUUCUACUGUGGCCCCCGGCUCACUUUCCCACUCACAGUUACUCAUGCGGCUGACCUGGUGGAGGCCUUCAGAAACAAGCAACAGCUCCAUACAAGAUAUGUCCUCCAGCUUCUCUUGGAGACUUGGAAACUUCUGACGAUUCUACCAAACAUCAAUCAUGUCUCCACCUGCCAAAGCAAGGAAAUCAUCAUCUGUGGAGACUUACAUGGGCAACUGGAGGAUUUGCUGUUCAUAUUCUACAAGAAUGGUUUGCCAUCUGUGGAGAAGCCGUAUGUCUUCAAUGGGGACUUUGUGGAUCGAGGCAGGGACUCCAUUGAGAUUCUCCUCAUACUGUUUGCAUUUCUGCUGGUCUAUCCCAACGACAUUCACCUCAACCGAGGGAACCACGAGGACCACAUUAUGAAUCUAAGGUACGGCUUUACCAAGGAAGUGUUGAUGAAGUAUAAGCUCCAUGGCAAAAGAAUUUUGAAGCUGCUUCACAAGAUCUUCAGCUGGUUACCCCUGGCAACCGUGAUAGACCGAAAGGUGUUGAUCGUCCAUGGUGGAAUCUCUGACACCACUGACCUCAGUGUCAUUGCCAAAUUGGAGAGACACAAAUAUGUUUCGACGUUCAGACCGCCGGAGAAGAAGAAGAAGCAGGAGUCCAUAGACCUGGAUAGCAAGGAUGCCUCUUUUGGUUCCAAGGGGGGAGGCAGCAGACAGAGACUGUGCUCCCUCACCCACAGCAGCCCCCGGCGCUCGCUGCAGGACCUGUGCAGUCGCGUGCACCGCUCCGUGGACGAGGAGCUGAAGGAGCAGCGCAGGCAGGCUGGACUCGGCCUGUCCCACGGACACCUCCACGACUACCUCUCCCCCGACUCUGACUCCAACUCCUGCAAGUCACAAGAGGCUAAUGCUGACGAGUGGAAACAGGUCGUGGACCUGCUGUGGAGCGACCCCAUGUCCCAGAACGGCUGCAUCUCCAACGAGGUCCGAGGCGGCGGGUGCUACUGGGGUCCCGAUGUGACCGAGGGGGUCCUGGGAAAGCACAACAUCCAGCUGCUCAUCCGCUCCCACGAAUGCAAGCAGGACGGCUACGAGUUCUGCCACAACCGCAGGGUCCUGACAAUUUUUUCUGCUUCCAAUUACUAUGAAGUGGGGAGCAACCGAGGAGCCUACGUCAGGCUAGGCCCAGAUUUGGUUCCACAUUUCAUUCAAUACCAGGCCAACCGUUCGACCCGCAAACUUACCCCGAGGCAAAGCGUGGGUCAGACUGAACGAUCUGCACUACGGGCCCUGAGGGAGAAACUCUUUGCACACAAGUCAGACCUCAUCAGUGCCUUCCAGGAAUUUGACAUGGAGAAAACAGGGUGGAUUUCUCUGAACAACUGGGCAGCUGCGGUGGAGAACGUUCUGCGUCUGGACCUCCCCUGGAGGGUCCUGCGGUCCCAGCUGGUGACCAGCGCACAGGACGGCCAGCUGGACUACCACAGCUGGUUCAAUGAGCUGGCCAUCAAGGAGCCCAACAUCGAGAUCCCACACCAGAACUUGCUGGAGACCAUGUACAGGCACCACUCCAACCUUGAGACAAUCUUCAGGAUCAUAGACACAGACCACUCAGGCCUCAUCUCCCUAGAGGAGUUUCAUCAAACAUGGAAGCUUCUUAGCACUCACCUGAACAUAGAGAUAAGCAACGAGGCCAUCGCUGACCUCGUAGCCAGCAUAGACUUCAACAAGGAUGGGAGCAUCGACAUCAACGAAUUCAUGGAGGCCUUCCGAUUGGUGGACAGGUCCAGGGCAGAGAUGGAGUGACCUUGUUUGUGAUCAACCCCAAAGAGCUACAGCGAUCCAAAAGCCACCUGUGAAACCAAUCCAUGUGAAGGACCCAGCACCUAGAACUCACUUUUAAGUUGGUCACUGACCAUUCAUUUUCCCAUUCAAACUCUGUUUGUGAACUGCUAAAAUCAACAUAAAUCCAAAAGACCACCAGGAGACCUUAUCUAUUAUAGACUGGAGCAAGGAAUAGGAAGCUUGCAAUGCAACAUAUGCAAAAAAAAAAAAGAAAAAAAAAAAAACAAAAGUACCAUACUAGAGAAACCAGCAGCAUGCAUCUCCAAAAAGUGGAUUUAAUGGUUGAAUUAUCCUUGAGGUGCAUUUCUGCGAUUCGUGUAGAUUCUGCACUAGGAUUAUAUGCAAAUGGCAGUAGUAAGAGAAUAAUCUUGUAAGCACAGGGAUAUCCCAGUGCAUCAGGAAGCAAAUGAAUAUUAAAGCACAGUGGGAUAUUUAAUACACACUGAGAACAGCCUGUAAAGUCUAGGUUUGCCAUUAUUGGUGCUAAUUAAAGUCUUCUCUUCAGCUGCAUUUAAAAAAAACGUGUGGGGAAACCAUGAGCUGGAGUUGUCA